AGCAGUGGACCGCCCGAGUUGGGACACCUUUUCCAUUCGCCACGCAGUAAGAGUCUGAGGGUGAGUCAGAAGGGUUCACAGCCGCAGAAUCACCAUGAAGUCGACCAGGGUUCUUGUCCUCCUCCUGCUAGCAUCAAUCCCAGCCUUCAGGACAGCUGAAACAGGUGACAAAAAGCAGGACCAAGAGACACCACAGCUAACAAAGCCAAGAGUUUCAUCAGCUGAAACAAGUGACAAAAAGCAGGACCAAGAGACAACACAGCCAACAAAGCCAACAGUUUCAUCAGCUGAAACAAGUGACAAAAAGCAGGACCAAGAGACAACACAGCUAACAAAGCCAACAGUUUCAUCAGCUGAAAGAGGUGACAAAAAGCAGGACCAAGAGACAACACAGCCAACAAAGCCAACAGUUUCCCCAGGUAGACCAGAUGACACAGAUGCCAAAACGCAAGACCAAGGGGCACCACAAACCAAAAUAACUCCACAAUUUCCCCAGGUAGACCAGAUGACACAGAUGCCAAAACGCAAGACCAAGGGGCACCACAACCAAAUAACUCCACAAGACCUGAUGACACUGAAGAAUCAAAAACAAACAAAGGCAAAGCUACUUCUGCCACAGAGAAUCCUCAACCUGAAGAAGAAAAUCCUAAAGAGAAUGGUGCUGGUUCUCACACUGGGAGUGAUGAGAAAGUACCACCCACCAAAUCAGACAAUAAGCUGUGGUGGAUUCUGCUGCCUGUCACUUUGAUUACUGGUGCUGCUGUUGCCACCUUCCUCAAAUUCAAACACAAGAGGGUCAACGAAUGCACAGAAACCAAUGAUACUGGAACUGAGAA